GAUUCUAAUUUGGAUUAACUUAAAGCCAAGCCUCAGCAGCACUUAGAGCUGCAGAAUCACUUUUCUUCUUCGAGGAUGGCAGAUGGAUUAGGCUACGGCGGUUUCGGUGGGGUACCGCACCCGUACUGGCUUCGACCUCAUCCACCAGCUUCUACGCCGCAGUUUCUCGCAACCCAUCCUGUAGAGUCCUCCGAUCAAAGGUUUGAUCCGAUGAUUCCUCAUCACCGAUCGCCGUCGUCUGGUGAUUAUACUGGCCCUCCCGUGCCUUUAGUAUCGUUUCUCACUCGACUCGGUCACGGGGGUGAAGAUUCUAGCAACGACAAGAGUGGAUAUUCGAAGGAGACAAGGCAAUGGGUGCCUCCUUAUAGCUCAGCUACAGUGUCUUCCUUAGCUGACAUGCUUAUCAGAAACUCUCAGGAGCCUUUCUAUCUGCCUAUCCCUCCUUCUGGUGUUUGUGCUACUACCAAUGCUUUUGAUCUCAACCGUCCUCCACAUUACCAUUCUGGUUCUGCCUAUGGUACGCAUGAAAGUGUGACUGCUCCUCCCGUCUCGGAGAAUCCAAAUCUUCGCGAUGGGACGGUUGGCUCAACUAGUUCAAAGAUUCCCCGGAUGCUACAGUUUGAUUUAAAUUGUGAUGAGCAUGGAUCUUGGAACCACUUGAUGGUAUCUUCUGAGGGAAGUGAGUCAAUGAAAGCUGAUAACAGGAUUGCUGCUCAGUCAGCUCUCAGCUAUGAAACCCAUUCUGAAGCUAGUGAAGAUGUUCAAGCCAAGGCAUGUAAGCUCCUGGAACAGUUUGAUGAGAAGUCCACGUUGUUGCCAGAUCUGGGUAUCAAAGGGAGUAGUAGUAGAUCGAAUGCAGAUGGUGUCUCAACUGGUCAAUCACCUCUACGUGAUCAAGGAGGUUUCACAUCCCCGGCUUCUUCUACAAGAGUUUCUUCCGUGGUUAGUGCCUUGCAUAAUCUGUCAGAAGUGCUUGUUUAUGAAUGCUUCAGCAAUAGAAGCUUGCUGAAGCCAGAACAACUUGAGAGCCUUGAUAAAGUAGUAGAGAAUCUCACCAGGUGUUCAAAGAAAAUCACCUGUACACAAGCUAUGCAUGUUUCCUUACCAAAUGUGGCCGACCUUAACGAGGCCCCAAAUGUAGUUGCUAAAGAGUUUCAAGGGUUUAAUGUCAAGCCACUGGACAGCUUUGGCUCUAAAGAAUCUGUAGAUAAGGAUGAGAUGACGCAGAGUAUUAAGAACAUACUUGCUUCCAAGUUUCCUGACGGCGAAGAAAACCACCCACAAACUCUUUUGUACAAGAAUCUCUGGCUUGAAACGGAAGCUGCCUUAUGCUCCACAACUUGCCUGGCUCGGUACCAUCGGAUCCAGAAAGAGACUGGUAAUCUCAAAUUGCAGAAUAGAGAGGUCUCUGCAGAUGCAUCAACCUUCAAGCAUGAACCUUUUCUUAACCCUCAGGAAUCAGUUUCCAUCAUAAACAAGGUAGAGAAGGAGACGGCUGAACCAAUCAUCAAACACGGGAGCAAUUGUGGGAACAAUGUAGUUACAAUGAGUCAUGACGCACCACAAAGCUCUAGAUUCAACUCUGCUCCCCUUGGUGCAGUGCUCUCACUUCUGGCCAGCAGCUUCACCGGCUGUUUAGAACAGGAAAAUCAUGGAAACUUCAAGCCUGGUGUUCAGACACCGGACACGAUAAAGCAGGAGUUCCCUGUAUCCACCCAUGAUGAUGUUAUAGACAGGUUUCGGAUUCUGAAGCAGCAGGAAACAAAGCGCAAACUCAAGUCUCAGAACUGCCCGGACCCAGACAUUGGUGUUAUAGACAGGUUUCAGAUUCUGGAGCAGCAGGAAACAAAUGGCAAACUCAAGUCACUUAACUCCUCAGAGACAAGAAUGGAUGACCAGGAGGACAAUCCAGAGGCUUCGGAGAUGGCUACUAUUGGCAGAAGCAGCCAUAUGAGUGAUGUUAUGGGUAGAUUCCAGGUACUAAAACGCCGGGAAGCUGAGCAAGUUCAGAAAUCUCUCAACUGCGUGGACUCUGAUUCUGAUUCCGAUUCAGAUUUCGAAUCAGAUUCAGACAGUGACCAGCCAAGAAACAGAACACAAAGGUGUGAUUAUCUCUUGUCAGACUCGACGAUGACAAUAGGUGGAAACUCACAGAUAGAGACGUGUGCCAAUACUGAACCAUCUGCAUACGACAACGGCUACGAGAGCCCGACCUCGGAUUGGGAACAUGUCCUCGAGGAUGACUGAGUACUGGAACUUUAUUGGACAAGAAGUUUCGAUCCUUUAAUGGCUUUGUUAGUGUAUAAAUAAACAACAUUAAAUGAAUUCUUAUUCAUAAUGCGGUUUGCAGUUUUUAUC